CUCCCGCUCUUGCGCAUCACUACGCCCGGUUUAACAAGUACUGCACGUACGCCGCACGUCAUUUCAACCGCGAAGCUGUCUACCACCACAUCGAAAAUGGCCUCAGACGAUUCCUACAUGGCCUUCCUCAACAAAGCCAACGAGGAUCCCUCGCUCGGCUACCCGCGCGACCGCCCCAACCCGGCAACGCAAAAAGUCGGUAGCAAUACAUUCAAGACGCGCGACGAGGGGGUUUCCCCUCCGUCUCCGAUUGCCAAGUUGUUGGAAAAGGGGGAUAAGUUCUAUGUGAGCGAUGCGGAUGAGCCGUUUGAGGGGGUCGCGUUGAAGUUUGGAGAGGAGAUGCUUCCGGAUGAGGAAACGUUCGCCUCCCUAAUCAACCAUCCCAACCCCGCCGAGGCCGAAAUCGAGAUCUUCGACCCUGUUGACUGGGAUCGUAACGGGCAGUACAUUGAUUUGAUUGAUGCGGUGACGGAGGCGAGCGAGGGGCGUGAUGUGAAGGUGUACAGGGUUGUGAAGGACAGCGUGCGGGUGGAGUAUUGGGUUGUGAGUGUGAGUGUUGAUGGGAAGUUGUUGGUUGGUGUUAGGGCUUUGGCUGUUGAGAGUUAGACGGGUUCUAGAGAAAGGGGAUGAGAGGAUAACAAACGAAGGGGGCUCAGUACAAGGAUAUGGAUGGGAUGGGAUAGGGGGUGAUGGAUGUUAUGAUCACGAUACCACGGCUGAAUGAACCAGCUCUCUUUU